AUGUUGAAAUAUUUUGCAAAGAGGCCUAGGAGUUCAAUUGAAUCGUCUAGUGUUCCAGAUGAAGAGUCUACUCAUGCACCACAACCACCACCAUCUCCUCCUCCUCCUCUGCAAAUUUCAUCUGAAAAUAUUGAAAAUCUGAGUAGUGAAGUAGAAAUUGUUGUUGAUCCUGGUUUACGAAAAUUGAUUGAAGAGUAUGAUGUUGGUGCUAGAGAUCUUGAGACCACAAAUGCUAUUCUAGCUGAUCUUGGAGAUAGGUGGCUCACUUUACUACUUGAUGAGGCUCGUGACUGUUUAGUGAAAGAGCAAAUGACAGUUGUUAUUAGAUAUGUGAACAAACAUGGAGAGGUGAUUGAACGAUUUAUGGUUGUAGUUCAUGUUGCAACAACUACAGUUGCUUGUUUGAAGGAGGCAAUCGACUCUUUAUUUGCUAAGUAUGGUUUGUCAGUGGCAAGAUUGAGAGGUCAAGGAUAUGAUAGUGCUUCAAAUAUGUCUGGAGAAUUUAAUGGCUUAAAGUCACUGAUAAUGAAAGAAAAUCCGUAUGCAUUGCCGACAAACUUUGACAACUUGAACAUAACAGAAAAGUUAAACUUCUUGAAAGAGGAGAGAUUAGUUCUGGUUAUUGAUAUUAUUCUACAGGAGAUGGGUAGUCGUUUCUCUGAAACAACUACAGAUUUGUUGAUUUAUAUGUCAUGUCUUGAUCCUAGGAACUCGUUCUCUAGAUUUGAUGUACAGAAAUUAUUGCGUCUGGCUCAUUUUUAUACGGAUGAUUUUUCUUGGAGUGAGCGUAUGUUGGUUGAACAAGAGCUUGAAACAUAUAUUGAUGACGUCAGAUCAGAUGAACGGUUUGAAGGCAUUUCAGAUUUGGGAGCUCUUGCAAAGAAAAUGAUUGAAACAAUGAAGAACCGUGUGUUUACUUUGGUUUAUCGGAUGAUUGAGCUAGCCUUACUUCUUCCAGUUGCUACUGCAACCGUUGAAAGAGUGUUUUCGGCAAUGAAUAUUGUCAAAACAGAUUUGCAAAACAGGAUUGGAGAUGAAUGGAUGAAUGAUAGUUUGGUAGUCUAUAUCGAGAAAGAUGUUUUUAAUACUGUCGACAAUGAGCCAAUUUUACAGCGUUUUCAGAACAUGGAGUCUCGAAGAAUGCAAUUGUCACGUAUUUGUUAG